UGCGCAUAUUGCAGAACAAGUUAGCACGAGGAAAAGGACAAUGAAUCCCAGAUUUAAGAUGUGGGUAACCCCCGUACGAAGUUUGUUGUUGUUGUUGUUCUUGAUACUACUGAUAGGAGAUUACGGCUCAGCAGUGAAAGUACCUUGCGGACAAAGACAGAUCAGUUUUCAGGGUUACAUUUUCAGCGGUAACGCGGCUUUGGAAGCGGAUUGGCCCUGGCAUGCAGCUAUUUUUAAGAAACUUCAAAAUGGUGAAGAAUACAUAUGCGGUGGAACGAUCAUCAGUGAAAACUUUGUACUGACGGCAGCGCACUGCACCUUUUCGUUUCAAUCAGCAUUGGAUGCAAAUAACUUUCUUGUAAAGCUUGGUCUUCACAACCGAACCUAUCCCUCUGAGCAUUCUAUGAACUAUGAAGUGGUAGAAGUCAUCCGUCACGAUGCGUUUAAUAGAAACAAUUUUCAGAAUGACAUCGCUUUGCUAAGGACCGAGGAGGACAUAACGUAUUCCGAUUAUAUUCAACCAAUUUGUCUUUGGCCGGUGGAAAAAUCGGAUCUGAAUUCGGUGCUCAGUGGUUCCGGAACGGUCGUCGGGUGGGGUUUAAGCGAUGGCUACAAAUUAGAAGACAUCCUUCAGGAAGCUACGCUCAUGGUAGUGGAUCAUGACACCUGCUUGAAAAGUAAACCGGAGCACUUCGGUAGGCUACUUUCCAAAGAUAAAAGCAAUUUUUGUGCCGGCAAUCAAAAUAUGACAAACGUUUGCGAUGGGGACAGUGGUGGUGGAAUAUACUUUAAAAUUGGUAAUAGCUGGUACAUUCGCGGUCUCGUCAGUGCAGGGGCCCGUUCAGAAACAAAAGGACGUUGCGAUCCGCUGCAAUUUGUUACUUUUAGCGAUAUUCCAUAUUACUUGCAGUGGUUAGCUAAACACCAGGAGCAUGUAAAGAAACGAAAUUUACUCAACCUCGGUAACUGCGGCUUGGAUGUUCACAAUAGCACGAUUCGGGAAGUGGAUAAACCUGUCUUUUUGCAAUAUCCCUGGACGGCGAUGCUCGAGUUCCAAGUUCAGGGAACUCCAACCAUUCAGACGAUAUGUAACGGAGCUCUAAUCCAUCCAAGAUUCGUUAUAACAGCAGGGCACUGCGUCGAAGGAUCAGUGAGAAGACUAAAGCUAAAAGCAGUACGAUUAGGAGAAUACAAUCUCAAAACCACCCCGGAUAAAGGGAAAUCUUCCGAUGGCCAAUCGGUUUCUACCACGAUUCAGUCUAUCGAUAUCGAAGCGGUAUUCAAACAUCCCAAGUACAACAUGCCACGAUACGACAACAAUAUUGCUUUGCUGAAACUGAAACAUCCUGCCGAUACCAGCAGACCCAAUGUAAAACCAAUUUGCCUACCAGCCUUGGAAGACUAUAACGAACUUUACACCAUAUCUGGCUGGCGCCGAGUUGGAUUGCAAUCGCACGUUCUAGUACGCGACAUUACCGUUCUGGAGGAAGCGGAAAAGUGCAAAUCCAUCUACGAGAAAAUGAAAAUUAAGUUAAAUCCCGAAGGUAGUCAUCUCUGUGGAACCUAUUAUCAUAAAAGUGACAACGAUUGUUUCCACUUUAUGAGUGGAGCACCCCUUCAGUAUGUCAAAGAUGCCGAUCGCAAGUAUCGUUACUUCCUGAAGGGGAUAUUUUCGAUCGGAUAUCCCAAGUGUCAGCAAAACUUUACCGAUGUGUUUACCAACAUUAACGCAUACACCCAGUGGAUAGCGACUACCGUUGGUGAGGAUGUAGCGUAGUAUUCAUUUGCUGCGAGGCAUCAUUCGUUUGAAAUGAUGAAAAUGAAGUUUGUUUAAUUAAUCGUAAUAAUCAACAUUCAAAG